ACCCAAACCUAUUCUUUAUUGUCAUCUUGCUUUGUUAUUUAGAUUAUUUCUUAAAAAAUAGAAAAAAAGAAGAUUAAUGGAAUUCUAAUCAUCAAAUUGAAUUGAUCAUGUGAUACAGUCUGUCAAUCACUAUUUUUAUUUUGCUUUUCUUUGCUGUUCUUGUUAUUUCUUUUUCUUUUUCUUUUAUUUUUUUGUCAGUUGCCAACCAUAUUAUCCUUUUUCUUUCCUCUUUUAUCAUAUUAUUAAUUAUUCUUUUCUCACUUAGAAAGAAUCUCUCAUCAACUUACUUUUCAAAGAUCAUACUCUCUCUCUCUCUCUCUCUCUCUGUAUCUGCUUCUUUCAAUCUUCAUGGCUACUGAAUCUGCAAUUGCAUCACUCCACUCUCCUCCUCCUACUACUGUUACUGAUGAGCUAAUUGAGACCAAUGUGACUGAAGAAGUAAAGCCUAUGGAACAAGAAACAGUUUCUUUAGCCAAGGAAGGUAAAGAAGAGAACUUCCCCAAAGCUGAAAUACUGCCAAGUGAGGAUAAGCUGUUAGGUAAAUCAGAAGUAGAGGCAGAGGAUAAAAAGACUGAACCCCUGGCAGUUGAGGUUAAGACCAGUGGUGCUUCCGUUGUGGAUGCUGUGGUGGAAGAUAAAAUUGAGCCGAUUGCCAAUGCCAUUAACAGCCAAGUAGUUGCACAACCACCUAUAGAGUCAGUUGCCAAAGUAGAAGAGAAACCCGCGAUAGACGUUGUAGAGGAAACGAAAGAGGAGCAACCUAAGGAAGUUGAUGAUCCGGAAUCUUUGGUUGAAUCUUCUGAGAAACCGAGAGAGGUAUCAGAAGUUCUUCCUGCUAAAGAAUCUGAAGCAAUUGCUUUAAAAGAUGUUGAAGAUUUGCAAGCAGUGUCCAAGGAAGUAGAUAAGCAAGAAUCACAUGUUCCAGAACCUGAUGUGAAAGAAGGUGAGAAAACAGAAUCAGUUGAAGAAAUUGCGAAACAACAGGAGCCACCAGAGGAUGUAGAUGUCAAGGAAUCACAAGUAGUUGUGAAGGAUAUUGAAGCUUCAGAACUAGUUUCCAAACAAAUUGAUGAACCAGAAUCAGUAGCUCCUCAAGUAGAAGUGAAACCAGAGGAAGAAAUUGGGAAACAACAGGAGCCAGCAGAAGUUGUAGAUGACAAAGAAUCACAAGUUAUUGUGAAGGAUAUUGAAACUUCAGAACUAGUUUCCAAACAAAUUGAUGAACCGGAAUCAGUGGCUCCUCAAGUAGAAGUGAAACCAGAGGAAGAAAUUGGGAAACAACAGGAGCCACCAGAAGUUGUAGAUGACAAAGAAUCACAAGUUGUUGUGAGGGAUAUUGAAGCUUCAGAACUAGUUUCCAGACAAAUCGAUGAACCAGAACCAGUAGCUCAUCAAGUAGAAGUACAACCAAAGGAAGAAAUUGGGAAACAACAGGAGCCACCAGAAGUUGCAGAUGUCAAAGAAUCACAAGUUGUUGUGGAGGAUAUUGAAGCUUCAGAAUUAGUUUCCAAACAAAUUGAUGAACCAGAAUUAGUAGUUCCUCAAGUAGAAGUGAAACCAGGGGAACAAUCUCAAGUUGCCAAAGAAGUGGAAAUAGUCGAGCCACUUGAAGCCAUUGAGAAACAACAGGAGCCACCAGAGGUUGUUCGUGUUAAAGAAUCAGAAAAGUUGUCGGUAGAAGAUAUUGAAGAGUCAGCAGUGUCCAAAGACGUAGAAAAACCACAAGCACUAGUUCCUCAAGAUGAGGUGAAACCGUCCAUAGUAAUCAAAGAAGUUGAAAAACCAGCAUUGCUAGAAAGUAAAGCUGAUGUGAAGCCAGAGCUUGAAUCUCAAGUGCCCAAAGAUGUAGAAAAACUAGAAUCAUUAGUUCCUGAGGUUGCAGUGAAACUAGAAGAACAAUCAUCGGUAACUAAAGAAGAUGGUAAAUCAGAAAUCCUACAAGUUGAACCUGAUGUGAAAGAAAAGGUAGACACUCAAGCGUCUAAGGACACAGAAAAAUCACAACCAGAAUCCGUAGCUCCUCAAGCUGUGGAGGAACCGGAGGAACAACAUACAGUUAUCAAAGAAGAUGAAAAACCAGAAUUCAUUGACUCGAAACCAAAGAUAGAAUCUGCAGUCCCUGAAAAAGUUGAAAAUCAACCAGCAGAAGAAAAAACAGAAUUAGUUGAACUAAAACCCGAGGGAAAAACUGAAAUUGCUGGACAAGUUGAGCCUAAGGGAAGUAUCAAUGGUGAAACUGUGAUCACUGAAGGAACAUCGGCUGAUAAAGUUGACGACACCACAUCCUUCAAAGAAGAGAAACCUAUUUCAGUUUCUGAACAAGUUGUUUUGGCUAAACAGGAGGUUGAAACUGAUAGUAAGAAAAGCAAAGUAGAAUCUUCUCUACCAGAUGUUGCAGAAAAGACUGGUGUGGAAGAUGGAGAUAAGGGAAGUAAUGGGACUGUUGUGGUUGAAUCACCAUCAAAAGAAGCAGAGGUGGAAAUAAAAAAGAGUGGAGAAGACAAACAAGAAAAGACUAUAAAAGCUGAAGGUGAGAAUGUACAAGAAGUAGCUCAGCCAAUCAAUGUGGAUCAUAUUAAGGAAGUUGUUUCAAAUGUUCAAGUUACUGAAAGAUCAUUUGUAGAAGACAAGAAAGAAGAGAGCACAAGAGAGGAGACAUUGGCUUUAGUUGAAACCAGCAAAGAUGUGGAGGAAAAGCUGGAUGAAGCCACUCCAGCUGUUACUGAACCAGAUAAAGAAUCCCAAGUGAAGGAAGAAGAAAGUGCAAAAACGGGUGAAGAUAAGUUGGAGAAAGAAAAUGUCAAGGAGAUAUCAAAAUCUGAUGCAGAAACAGCCCAGGACCUGCCAAAACAAGUUAAAGCGAAGCCUACACAAAAGCAAUCAAAUAAUAUUUUGACAAAGGUGAAACAGUCACUCGUGAAGGCGAAGAAGGCUAUCAUUGGAAAAUCUCCAAGUUCAAAAACCCUCUCCUCUGACACCAAGGAUGAUGUUAGAGUCAAAUAAUCGAAAAGGAAACUAAAACUUUGCAUGAACAUACAAGGUUGUGGAAUUUGUGUUGUGAUAUACAGAAUUUUAGUCGUGUGUAAAAGUUUUUUGUUUUUUUACCCUAUUCUUUUCAGUUGUAUGUAUUUGUUGGUGUGCUGGUGGUUGUCUGUUGUUAGUGAUGACGGUUGGUAUAGGUAUAGAAAAACUUUUCCAGUUUUGAAGAUUGAUUUGUAGAUACAUAUUACAGUUGCCACUGUUACUCUCCGAUAACAUUUAUGUACUCAUUACUUGUUAAUAAUAUUAUUGUUGUAUUUUAUGAGGUUGUUAUGAUU